AUGGCGAACCCGUUUGCCAGGCUGCAGGUCCACCACAAGCAAGCGCGGGACUACGCGCUCGAUGGAGCUUGGUCACGGGGUACAUCGAAGACUGGAACACCUAGCCGUCGUGCAAAGCCCAACGGGAGUAAAUCAAGCUCUGUGGUGAGAUCAUCUACUGCUUCUAGAGCUGGUGGGAGGAAAAGAAAAUCAAGUUCAAGCAAGGGUGAUUCAGCGAGUAGCGACGCCGAAGAAGGCAAGUCCAAGAAGUCACGAUAUGAUGGGCCAGAUGGGGACUUAGUUGCCAGUCUUGAAACAGAUGUUCUAGAUUCGACCCCAGGAGUGAGAUGGGAUGAUGUUGUAGGACUUAGUGAGGCCAAAAGACUCCUUCAGGAGGCCGUUGUGCUUCCUCUCUGGAUUCCUGAAUAUUUUCAGGGUAUUCGUCAACCUUGGAAAGGUGUUCUUAUGUUUGGCCCACCAGGUACUGGAAAGACCCUUUUGGCAAAGGCAGUAGCUACAGAAUGUCGCACAACAUUCUUUAAUGUUUCUUCUGCAACAUUGGCUUCUAAAUGGCCGGGGGAGGGUGAGCGCAUGGUCCGUUGCUUAUUUGAACUUGCAAGGGCCCACGCUCCAAGUACUAUCUUCAUUGAUGAAAUUGACUCCCUAUGUACAUCUCGUGGAGCUUCUGGUGAGCAUGAAUCAUCGAGGAGGGUAAAGUCUGAACUUCUAGUGCAAAUAGAUGGUGUUAACAAUAGCUCUACCAAUGAAGAUGGUCAGCCAAAAAAUGUUAUGGUUCUGGCAGCCACCAACUUUCCAUGGGAUAUUGAUGAAGCACUCAGGCGGAGGCUGAAAAAGCGUAUUUACAUUCCACUUCCAAGUUUUGAAAGCAGAAAGUCACUCAUCAACAUUAAUCUUAGAACGGUUGAGGUAUCUUCUGAUGUUAACAUCGAUGAAGUUGCAAAGAGGACUGAAGGCUACAGUGACGAUGACCUUACAAAUGUUUGUCGUGAUGCUUCGAUGAAUGGCAUGAGGCGAAAGAUUGCAGGCAAGACCCGUGACGAGAUCAAGAACAUGUCGAAGGACUAUCUCUCGAAGGACCCAGUGACCAUGUGCGACUUCGAAGAGGCUUUGGCCAAGGUCCACAAGAGUGUUUCGCCCUCUGAUAUCGAGCAGCACGAGAAGUGGAUGGCGAAGUUUGGAGCUGCCUAAAUCAUUGGUUCUCGUUUAAAGCUUGCUAGAUUCUGUGUAAUCUUUUGUCUCUGUGUGUGUUUUCCUGGCAUUUGCUUUAUGUAGACACGGCCAUAUGUUCGUUUAACCAUGUUCCGUUUGUUGAUUCUUUCACUGGAAAUAGUGUUCUUGUUGUUAAUUCUCAAAAUAUGCUUUGUAUUGCCAUUACUAUCACUAGACUUCCAUUUGCGCAAUCAAUUUUUCUUUAUCUA